GCCAAACGAAUACCUCUACCAUCGGCUUAUCUCCUGAUCUGGCUGCGGUCACACUGGCUACUUGCAUUUUAGCUGGAAAAAAAGCUGCAGGCGAAAAUUGGCAAUAAAGUGCAGGAGCAGCCCAAGCAUGGAACAGGCUGAAGUGGGCAGUGUGUGCCUUGCAGCGCAUAAGCGCCGCUUCCCGGCCAGCGAGUGUUGUGGACGGGAGCAGGCCGCCACGCCCCCACAGCCACCGCUACCGCAAAUCCCGGCCGAAGAGGAGCCGCAGAUGAAACAGCGCAAAAAGGAGCAAGAGCAGGAGGAGAAUCUCGUCCAGGACACGGAGCGUAGCCUCCUGGACUUCUGCGAUGAGCUGCUCAUCGAGAUCUUCCAGUACCUGGACACGUCCUCCAUUAUGGCGGUUAUGCAUUGCUCGCCGCGCUUGGAAAAUCUACUUCUGGACCAUCGCUUCUACCACCACAUAGACCUUAGCAACGGGCCAUUACCCAUGGGUAUCCUAGAAGAGAUUCUUGGACGAGCCACCGAAAAGACACACACCAUCAAAAUCUGCGGUCCGCCAUCCUCGCAGCAUGUAGCCGGCGAGUUCCGCCAGUUCACCCAAACCCUAAGCUCCGUUUUUCCCAAGGUUGUCCAGCUAAAAGUGUUGGAGCUGCAGGGCGUUAGCUUGGACUUCGAAUACAUACACAUAUCCGAAUUCCCGUCCACGCUGACGCGUCUGAAGCUGAAGGACUGCAGCGUUAAGGUUGGCAACUCGCCCAAGAGCAUAUUCCACUCUAUAGAGCUCCAUCUGGUGCAUUUAGAGGAUCUCAGUAUUGAGGACAACAGCUGGUUCGAGCCGUAUUAUAUUAUGGUCCUGUCGAAGCUGCCUUCACUGCGUCGUCUUAGUCUCAAGGGCUGUCAGACGCUGUGCAAGUUUGUGCCCUAUGGCAGCAUGGCGGCUCGUUUCGGUUUCCAAAAACUAGAGUCACUAGAUCUUCGCCUGACGCCCAUCAACAAUUCAGAUUUGCAGUGUUUCAGCGCUAUUGAGAAUCUAAAGGAACUGUUGCUUGAGUCGCCGCAGAUCCUGCCCUCCAAACAAGCCGUAGCUGAAAAAACCACUAACGGCAACGCCACUGACGAAGCUGCUUCCCCGCAGCCUGAUUCCAUGAAAGUGCUUAACGAUGACGAGCCGUCCACAUCGCGUGCCGCUAUGGAGCACCUGCGUGCAUGCAAGAUUGCGUUCAAUUUGGACAACUGCAACGAGAGAAAGGAGGAGCAGUCGCCGGUGCCAGUAGAGCCUCUUUCCAAUAGCCAGGAUCUCCAGGUCAAACGAAUCCGAGCACCAUCAGAAUCCGAGGAUGAUGACACAUCAUCCACAUCGGCCACCUCAGCUUCCUCGUCAGACAAGUCCGAGGUUUCAUCGCCGCCCAGCAAUGGCCAUAACGGCGCUGCACCCUUGAGCUCACCAGUUUUGGUAAUUGCAUUGCGAGGCAUGGGCGCCGAUAUGCCGCCACGUCCGCCUGCAGCUGAUGGAGACAAUCCCGAGGAUCCCGGGCAGGAUCCCGGAUUGGAUCCCAGGCCGACGCCGCGCGCUUACAUAUAUAUGCCCGACGCUAUUGAGACCUCGCAACAACAGCGAAAUAUUGUGGCUGUAAUUGAACAGAGAGCGCAGCAACUUGGUCGCAUGCGCGGAAACAAUCCCGCUUGCAGCCAUUUUCUACCGCGACGCGACCAUGUUAUCUAUCAGCAACGCUCACCCGCGAUGAAUGUUCUUAUGCCGACGCGACGCUAUCGUACGCAUCCGCGUCCGAACUACGAUCAGGUGGUACAGCAUCCGAUGUUUUGGAACAUGCUUGACCCGCUGGAUCGUGACUAUGCUCGUCGAUUGCGCCACCGUCCGACGGCCUGUCAGACAUCACCUCAAUACUAUGUCACUGACCGGGCGAUGUACAGCUUUGGCCGAGCAUCGCGACCGGUGCAACCGGACGUGGUCUGGAUCCGGAACAUCAACCGCUCGCCAGACAACAGACUGGAGCGACUGUCGUUGCGAAACUACCAUCUAAUCACGAAUCAUACCCUGGAGCAUCUGGUGCAGUGUUCCCCGAAUCUGGUGUACAUUGAUGUGAGUGGCACAAGCAUCACGCUGCCGGCGAUUCGGCGCUUCAAAAACUCCAAACCGGAGUGCGAAGUGGUUGCCGACCACUUGGAGGAGUAUGAAAAGCUUGCAGAUCAGGAGCCACAGGAAGAGGAUGCGACAGUGGUGCUGCCUAGCCAGGAGGAUCCGCAGCACGAUCAGCAACCACCGAAAUCGCCACCGCCCUCGCAAGAGUUGGUGGCUCCUUAGAAUACUGUUUGUAAAGAUUUCGUCGAAGUGGGCCGUGCUGGAUUAAUUUUUAUAGAAAGAAGACGACAUGGCCAAGCCGAUGAAUCCACAACGCUGGCUACAAGCGAGUGCUGUAGCUCAGCCACCUAGCAUUACGUUCCAAACUAAUCGAGCCCUUGUAAUAUACGCCAGCAAAACGCACUGUAUAAAUCCAAGAAACCCAGAAUCACAAUUCAAUUCCUGUAGCUAGACAUUAAAGAACGCGCGAUCAUUUUGGUAAA